ACUGAGCCACCACUCUCUCAGUACACGUCCAACGACUGCUCGUGGUACAUACGAGUACUUUUGCCAAGAGAGAGACACACACACAUACCAAUCACAUAGCUGCAAACGGUACCCUUCAAUUAGCAAACGAUAUCAAAUUUAAAUCGCGCGCGAGUCAAUCAUUUUCGGAUUUUUUUAAUCACAAACUGGGUCCUCAAGCGGGUCUAGAUCUGGAAACCGACGUGGUUGUCGAAAGUGGUUGUGAGUUGGAAAUACGUGGUGAGCUUUGGGACCCUUUGAACGAAAAGUUCUCCAAGUCCCGGUGCCCAAAGAGGAAAAAGCUGGAGAAGAGUGCUUAGGCUGCAGAGUACACUGCAGGGGUCGAUUACGUGUUCCAUUCCGUUUUAGAUCGAGGAGGGUGAGAACCGCGGCCCGGAAAUGACCGCGGGGCUCGACGCAAACAGUGCGACCACUAAUGGCGCACCCGGUAAAAAGACCGACGAUGGUGUCUUCACGGUUUCCGUUACUGGUGCAUAUGAAAAUGAUGGUUUCAAGGGUGAUGGAGGUGGCAAUCCACACAAGCCACCAAGGGAGCUUACCGAUGAGGAAGCUUCCCAACAGGGCAAGUUUAAAAUGUCCACAAAGGAAAAGUGGCGAAUUCUCAAGAACGUUACAGCCAUUAGUUGCGCAUUUAUGAUACAGUUUACGGCCUUCCAGGGUACGGCCAAUCUUCAGUCCAGUAUUAAUGCCAAAGACGGUUUAGGAACCCUCUCCCUUAGUUCCAUAUUUGCUGCUUUAGUUGUGAGUUGUAUAUUCGUCCCAUCUUUCCUAAUCAAAAGGCUGACUGUGAAAUGGACACUUUGUCUGUCCAUGUUGUGUUACGCUCCAUACAUCGCAUCUCAGUUUUAUCCUCGAUUUUACACGCUGAUUCCAUGCGGUAUCAUCGUGGGUAUUGGAGCAGCUCCCAUGUGGGCUUCAAAGGCCACGUAUUUGACCCAAGUAGCUGGAGUUUAUGCCAAAUUGACCGAUCAAGCAGUGGAUGCGAUUAUUGUCCGAUUUUUCGGAUUCUUCUUCCUCGCCUGGCAGACAGCCGAGCUCUGGGGAAAUCUGAUCUCUUCUCUUGUACUUAGCAAUCCCCAUGGAACUGAUGCUGGAACCACCGAUUACGACUUAUGCGGCGCCAAUUUCUGCGCUUCGAUCAGCAACAGUGAUGAAACAUCUGCAGUCGCCAGCUCAGAACUCUUCGAAAUUAUGAGCAUCUACCUGGCCUGUAUCAUUGUGGCUGUUAUUCUCAUCGUUAUUCUGGUUGAUCCACUUUCAAGAUAUGGUGAAAGGCAAAGAAGGAACAGCGCAGUAGAGCUAACUGGCAUUCAGCUUCUAUCAGCUACAUUUAUUCAGUUGAAGAAGCCCUACCAGCAGCUGCUCAUACCAAUGACCAUCUACAUUGGUGUUGAGCAGGCUUUUAUCAGUGCAGAUUUCACUCAAUCAUAUGUAUCAUGUGCAAUGGGUGUUAACAAUGUUGGAUUCGUCAUGAUCUGCUUUGGAGUUGUCAACGCAAUUUGCAGUUUGUUGUUUGGAAGUGUCAUGAAAUACGUUGGCCGAGUGCCCAUCAUGAUCUUAGGAAUCUCAGUUCAUGCAGCAGUACAAAUAUUUCUGCUUCUAUGGAGGCCGCAUCCAGACAACCCACUACUCUUCUUCAUGGCUUCUGGCCUUUGGGGAGUGGGCGAUGCUGUUUGGCAAACCCAAGUCAAUGGUUUGUACGGUGCUCUUUUCAGGAGAAAUAAGGAGGCCGCAUUCUCCAACUACCGUCUAUGGGAAUCUGUAGGUUUUGUCGUCGCUUAUGCUUAUUCCACUCAGCUUUGCGCUCGUAUGAAGCUGUAUGUCCAGCUAGCCAUCUUAGUUUUUGGUUUCUUGCUAUACUGCGUAGUGGAAAUCCACCAUAUGCGCAAACUGAGAAAGCAAAAGAUAAAGGAAAAGAGAGCCGCAGAAUUGGCAGCCAAAAGGCAGGCAGCAAUCGAUCAAGAACCAGAAACGACAGAUGAUGAAAAGGACGACAUCGACGAUGAAAUCAUUGUAACGCAUUUGUAGUAGACUUGGGGUUUAUUAGGCAUUCCUUAUUGGGCAUAGGCUUCUAAUUUAUUUCACAAAAAAACGAAAUACGGUGGUACACUGUGUUCAAAUAUAUUAGUGGGGCCAGUGCACGAUGCAGCAAGAAAACGACAUUUUCCAUAGGCGGUUUCUGUCCUAGAAGAUUUAGAUUUAUAAAGCAGUAUUUUUCUUUCAGUGAUUUCACUAUCUCGUAGAUUGUAUUACUUUAGGAGCAAAUUCUGUUAUAGAAACAAUUAUUUUUUCGUAGAUUAUUUGCACAUUGAGAUGCCAGUAAUAUCAAGCAAAAAAUACUACAGCUAUUAGACUUAUCAAUGCAUUUUUUGUUUGGUCGCACAUCUCCUUGUGCAACUAUAUUUUUAUUUUGUAAAUAUAGAAACGUUAUUAUAAGUAGGCAUGUUUCCUUCCGAAUUAAAAACUCAAACUAAUUAAAACCUUCUUAAAAAGUAUUAAAGUAAGAAAGUCAAAUUUUCGGUCGGUAUAUUGAUCUUGCAAACUACCUAUACCUAUAUACACAAAUAUUUAUAAAUAAGUGUUUAUCACUGCUACAGUCUGUGAUGAUCAAAAUACAGGAAACGCGAUACUAAAAGUUGGAAAACUAAGCAUUCAACCUUUUAUUUUCAAAGGGUAUUUAGUUUAUCCAACAAAUCACUAUUCGAUUUCGACAUAUGAUUACUGCAGCUCCAAGUUUUUAUCGGUUGAUGUUCUAAAAUUAUUUUGUGCCAUUCUCAUUUUGUGUUAAUACAAAAAUGCUAGUAAUUUUUUGAGUUUUUAAGGAUCCAAUUAGCGUUGUAGAAAACCCCAUUACCAUUAUAUUGAAUUAGUACUUUAUAGUUGAAGGUCUAUAAGUGAAAAGUGUUGAGUUGGACGCCAUUCAAUCUGUUUCGUCCAAAAUUUUAAUAUCUAUUGUUUGUCCUUAUCAAGUCAAUUUUUGUUUAAUGGAAAAGCAUAAUUAAGUUGAAAAGGUGAGAAACUUUUAUUGUUAUAUAGGUUUAUUUAUAAAUAUUUUAUUUUAUUUCCUGAUAUUACUUGUUAUAUAUAUUAUUGAAAACUUGUACAGUAAAGUCCUUAACCUAGGUAGAAAUAAAGCUAUGUAUAUUGUUAGGAUCCUACUCAAACAUGUAAAUUUACUAAGUACUCAGUAUUCUUAGAGCAAUACUGUAAAUUAUAAUAAACAUCUUGAACCGUUA